UUACUUUGAUGUUGCCUAAAUAUGCUUUUUUGACCAUCAAAAAUUGGUGUCCAUUCACUUGGCAGAGGCAGAUUAACAAAUCUCUCUGCACUACUACCACUAAAAAGAUAUAUUUACAUUUUAAUAUAUUCAUUUAGCCACUUUUAUCCAACACUCAAAAAAAUUCAUCUUUGGCUGAACUUGAUUUAAUCGUGGACAGUUGUUCCACUAAACUUAAAAUUUCUAUGUAAUCUCAACUGAAAUAAUUUGUGUAGAGGGACCCUCUUUGAAUUGUGUAAACCCAACAAAAUUAGACAUGUCAAAUUAACUCAAAAUUUCUUCACCAUAUUGGUAACCCCAAAAACUCCAAAAUAACAGAAACUCCUCUAAAUCUCAACAUAACAAAACAUUAAACACUAGCAAGUCUCCCCCUUUAUCUUCAUCUUGCACAAAAAUAAAAAAUAACACUUAAUUUUAACAUUUACUCUACCUAUCUAGAACUAGAAAUCCCUUGCCAAGUUUCAUUUAACCAAUAAAAAAAAAAAAAAUAUUCGUUAAAGUAAACUUUUUUUCAUUGAAACAACUCAGUUCAAUUAUAUUUACUUGGUGGCAUGCAUGUUCUGAGUAAUAUAAACAAGGGAGGAUUCGGUAACCUAAAAAUAUUGAAAGUUCUUUUUUUUUUUUUUUUUUAGUGGAAACAAGUUGCAAAUGAGGAGUACAACACAAGUGCUGCAGUACUUACUUUAAAAUAUACAUGCAUAUGUACAUCGCAUAUGCAUACCUAAAGAACGUACUGUUUUACCGGCAGAGAAGUGCAUCCUGCAUAAAAAAACAACACGUACUCUGACAGAAUGCAAUUUCGGUUGCAGUGAUAGUCAUAAAAAUCUGCAGUUAACUAAAAAUUUUGCUUCAAGAAAGAGGACGUGAUUUAUGGCAAAGGGAAUCAAUUAAACAUUUAUGUGAAUGUUUAGUGGAGUUCCCACUAAACCUAAAUGAUCAUUUAUUUUAACUGGUUCAUUUACAUGAACAGAUUCAUUUAAAUUAUUCAAAAUUCCCAGUGCUACGUGAGAUUGUUAAAAGUAUUGCUACUUUAAGUUAGUCCUCAACACUGGAAUACAUUCCCCUAUUUCCAGAAACAAAUAAACCAAAUUUGUUGGUGAUAUGAAAGUAAAAUUAUUUGUCAUGGCAAUCAAGCACCUUAAAAUUGAAAACUAAACUGAAAGUGUUUCUGUCGUGUGUGUGCGCAUGUUUUUGUUGUGUGUUUGAUGUGGGCAGUGAUGUGAACUAGUAGAAGAGUUUCCGUUUCUGUUUUUUGUUUUUUGUUUUUCAUUUACGGUAAAUGACCUGAUGAGCGUGAAGACUCCUGGAGAUCUGAAAAUCAGCGCUGAUACUGAGAAACAUAACUUUUUACUCAGGUAAGAAUACAGGCAAAUGCUGUGAUGAUUUUGUGUCAAGUACACAGAUUACAGCAAAGUAUGUGUGAGUGUGUGUGUGAGUAUAUGUGCUGAACAAAUGUGUCUGGUAUGCUAGUAACAAUUGAAUUAAUCAGUGCAGUGAAAGAUGUAGUCGUUAAGUUUUGGCUUUAUAUUUCUGCCCGAACUUGCUUGUACUCAUCUAUGUAAUUCUGUACAUGUGUGAGUGUUAACAGACUCUUAAUGUGAGGGCAAGAUGACAGACGUGUGCAUCAUGAUAGAGCCAGACUUCCGUGAGUCAGUGGAGGACACUGGUGAACUUUCAGCACCUGAGUUUAUGUGUCACUGUUGCUAUGAAGUCCUCGUAGAUCCCACUACACUGAACUGUGGACACAGUUUCUGUCGGCAUUGUCUGGCACUGUGGUUGCAUUCCUCUCAACGGACCGAAUGUCCAGAAUGCAGAGAGAGAUGGCAGGGGUUUCCCAAAGUCAACAUUCUCCUCAGGGACAUGGUGGAGAAGAAGUUUCCCGCUGACAUAAACAGACGGAGGUCAGCUGUUCAGAGUGACCCACGGUUCUGUCAGGUUCUCCAGGUGUUCCAGCAGUACGGACAGAUGCUGACCCGUCACGCACCUGUAUCAAUAGACCUACAGCAAGUAGUGCAGCAAGCUGUACGAAACGGCUUUUUUUCUGGAGUCCUAAUGGCAAUGAUCUGUGUAGGGGUGUUGUUGUUACGGUAUCACUGGAUCAGUACUGAUUCUAAUCAUGAUGUCUUGAUCCGAAGACCAAUCAACAGGUGGAAUGCUGAUGAUGUCAGUCUGUGGGUGGAGCAUCUGGGUCCCUGGACCAAUCAGUACAGAGAAACAUUCCACAGAGAACGAAUCAACGGCAGUUUAUUGACUCGUCUCGAGGAUGAAGAACUGUCUGCUGCUCCGUUCAGGAUUGAGAAUCUGUCACACAGACGAGUCAUAUUGGAGGAAAUCCAGAGAAUCAAAGACCUCGGAGUUCAACUUCCACAGAACCUCUGGGAAUACAAGGUGGCAAAUUUUGGAAAGUCCCUGUUUCUGCUGAUUGGUCUGAGAGACUUUCCACGUCUCACUCUGUUCUACUUGUACCUGUUUGAUUAUGAUGACACCUUUUUUCCCUUCAUACACACCUGCUGCCCUGCACACACAAACAACACAAUGCUAAACGGCCCACCCAACAACAUGCUGAGGCCAAGCUGGCGUCAGUGGGUGGAGUUUCUGGUCAAGUGCGCUCUGUUGCCCUAUCAGCUGCUGAUGGACUUUGCAUGGGAUUGGCUGAAUGUUCAUUACUGGACGUCACGGGUUGUCAUUGUUAAUGCUGUGAUACUAUCACUUCAUGAUUUCUUUUACAUCUGGACACUGUGGAGGACAGGACAGAUGAGGAUGCUUCCUAAGAGGAUGUGGAGGAUGCUGUCAUAUCCAUUAUAGUUUGUGCUGCUGUGGCCUGUGAUCCCUCAGUUCAUCUGUAACUUCCUGUUCUACUGUGGACUCUAUUUCAGCCCAAUCAUUCAUAUAAUACUGAUGAUAAGAAUAUUUAAGAAUCCAGAUAUACUGCUGCAGUGUCUUCGUAGGGUAGAAACAGGCAGCGCUUGGGCAGCUCUUUCAGGAACUUCUCCUGCUGCUCCUCCGAUGAGUCCAGAGAGAUGUACAACAGAACGAGCUGCGCCGAGCGCUCUACAAAAGAGUGUGUCGAUCACAAGUGAACUGACCAUGAGCUUCACUUUCUGGAUCUUGACGGUGUUGUUGCGUCUCGUCACUUUCACCCCGUUCAGAGAUUACAUGGUUAAAUCCGAACAGCAGACAGUGUCUACACUGGACGGGGGUCUCUGCGAGUCUGUGUGCCCAUCAGAGUCAGUCGUCUGUGGGCAUCACGGCCAGAGUUUCUCCCUGUUCUGUCUGGAUGAUCUGAGUCCAGUCUGCAGUGAGUGUGAAGAAUCAGACACACACGAAGGACACAGAAUUUAUCGCAUUCAAGACGCACUGCACGACUGCAAGGAGGAGAUCGAGACUUCAGUCAAUGUGCUGAAACAGAAGAUCUGGACAUGUGACCUCAUCAAACAAACCUGUCAAUCUGCCAUUGAGCACAAUCAGUCUGAGGCUCUGCAGAUGGACACACAGAUGAAAGAGGAGUUUGAGAAGCUUCAUCAGUUCCUGAAGGAGGAAGAGGAGCGCAGGAUUACAGCUCUGAGAGAGGAAGAACAACAGAAGAGUCAGACAAUGAAAGAGCAAUCUCUGAAGAUAGAUCAAAUCAUUGAGUGCAUCUCCAACACCAUCAGAGCCAUUGAAGAAGGGAUGAAGAUGGAUGAUGUCGACUUUCAGGAGGGCUAUGAAGAAACAGUCAGAAGAAUAUGUCAGUGUAAACAGAAACCAGAGGAACGGUUUGGAUCUUUGAUUAAUGUGUCUGAACAUGUGGCCAAUCUGAGAUUCAAAGUGUGGAAGAAGAUGUUGAGGAUCGUCACCUACACUCCUGUCACACUGGAUCCUAACACCGCAUCCUCCUCCUUGUGCAUUUCUCCUGCUCUCAAUCAGGUCCUGCAUCUCGAGGAGUGCCAGCCUUUCCUCCCUGCUGUCCCUGAACGCUUUGACCCCUACGCGUGCACUCUGGGGUCAGAGGUCAUGAGCUCCGGGCAACACUCUUGGGUUGUAGAGGUGGGUGACAGUUCCAACUGGACACUGGGUGUGGCCAAGGUGUCAAUCAAAUGCACUGAGAUGUUUGAGGCAUGUCCAGAGGAAGGCCUCUGGGUCAUCAGCUUACGGGACGAUGAGUACUGGGCGAUGACAUCACCCUGUCAGCGUGUGUCAUGUGACGGACACAGACCGAAACGAAUCAGGGUGUGUUUGGACUGUGAUGAUGGAAGACUGGAGUUCACAGAUCCGGAUCAUGAAGCACAUCUGUUCACAUUUACACACUCUUUCAGCGACGUUUUAGUGCCGUACAUCGAGACGAUCUGUAAAGGGAAGCCUCUGGAAAUUUUACCAAAGAUGGUUUCAGUGGAAGUGGAGAAACAUACGGUUCCAGAUGAUGAUAACAGGAUUAUUUCUGAAAGCUCACAUGAUUUCAAAUUGAUUCCCUCUAAGAGCCCAGCACCAAAGACAGGGAAGUUUAUAUCCCCCGAUACUGACCUAAACAAGGUUCUUGCGGCUAUCCAGUCACCCUCCACAAAAUGUGAAGUAAUAUUUAAAAAGGUUACAGCUAUGGAGACAACUGUGAGAAAUACUGAUCAAGCCAUUACUUUUUUGAAUGAUAUGGUGGGGAAAUUGAUUAAAGAUAACGUGAAUCACAACAAGAGGAUUGUUGCUCUAGAAAAGAACACCAUAGACCUGAAAGAAGAAAACAAACAACUGAAACUUCAACUUUUGGAGGCGAAUAGCUACAGACGAAGAUGGGGGCUUAGGCUGCACGGGAUGGAGGAGAAAGAUCAACAGGAGGACACCCGGGAUCCGGUAAUCAAAGUUCUUGGCAAGAUCUCCCCGAUGAUUGCUGAAAAAUUACCGGAGGUGGUGGACUUGGAAAAGAAAGUAGGGGACACUGCCUCUAAAAUGAGUCUCACUGAGGAGAGAGAGAAGGAGGGAACUGUCUCUAAUAUGAGUCUCUGCGAGCAGACAGAAGAAUAUGCUGCUGAUCAGGACAAGAUGCAAAGAACAGCAUCUCCAGGAUCAAGUUGUGUGUCUAUGAAGAGUGAUGAGUCCAUAAGUAAUCCGAGCCCUAUAUUUAAUGAAAGAGUAGAGACCUCUGACCUCAGUAUCAUAAGGAGGAAGAGAAAAAGAGAAUCAUCUCCAGAACCGAGCUGGGUGUCUAUGAAGAGUGACAAUUCCAUGAUUGAACCCCCUAGAUUCAGUGAUGAAGCAGUGCCUACUGACCCUCUUGGACAGAUACAUGAGCCAAUAAGAUCUGUGAAGUCCAGUCAGACCCACAUCAGGAAGCAAAACACAGAAUCAGCCCUGAAGACACCCACACAGUUAGAGAAAACUGGAGACCUGCAGCAGGAUUCUCACCAACCAGUAGAUGAUGUUCUUCAAAGAGUCAAAGAUCAACACAAAACCAGAAUGAAGAACAAGUAUGAGAGCUUAUUUGAGGGAAUCAAACGACAAGAGAAUCAAACCCUCCUAAACAAGAUUUACACACAGCUCUACAUCAUAGAGGGAGAGAGUGAAGGGGUGAAUGAAGAACAUGAGGUUUUACACAUGGAGAAAACAGCCAGAACUCAACACUUACAAGACAAUCCAAUCUACUGCAAUGACAUCUUUAAACCCUUACCUGAACCAGGAUGUGAGGAGAAGAGAAAAGACCAAAUAAAGAUUGUUCUUACUAAAGGCAUCGCUGGAAUUGGAAAAACCGUCUCUGUGCAGAAGUUCAUUCUGGACUGGGCCGAGGGAAAAGCCAAUCAGGAUGUAGAUUUCAUGUUUGUGCUUCCAUUUCGAGAGCUGAACUUGAUUAAAGAUGAGCAGUACAGUCUUCACAAUCUUCUGCUGGACUUUCAUCCUGAACUUCAUGAUCUGGACACAAAGAUUUAUGAUGAGUGUAAAGUUGUGUUCAUCUUUGACGGUCUGGAUGAAAGCAGAAUUCCACUGAUGUUUUCAGACAGUGAGAAAGUUUCUGAUAUGACUGAGAAUUCAUCAGUGGGAGUGUUGAUGUCAAACCUCAUCAAAGGAGAUCUGCUUCCCUCUGCUCUCAUCUGGAUCACCUCCAGACCAGCAGCAGCCAAUCAGAUCCCCUCCAAAUACAUCAAGCAUGUGACAGAAAUUCAGGGAUUCAAUGACUCUCAGAAGGAGGAAUAUUUCAGAAAGAGAAUCAGUGAUGAGCAUCAAGCCAGCAGAAUCAUCUCACACAUUAGAAGAGCAAGAAGCAUCCACAUCAUGUGCCACAUACCAGUCUUCUGUUGGAUCUCAUCCACUGUGCUUCAAAACAUCCUGAAACAAGAUGACAGUGCAGAAAUCCCUCAAACUUUGACUGAAAUGUACAUCCACUUCCUGCUCAUUCAGAUCAAUAUGAGGAAUCAGAAGUAUGAAGAGAGAGAUCCAGAGAAACCCCUGCAGUCCAACAGAGAAGUGAUUGUGAAACUUGCUGAACUGGCUUUCAAACAGCUGAUGAAGGGCAAUGUCAUGUUCUAUGAGGAGGACCUGCGAGAGAGCGGCAUAGACGUCACUGAUGCCUCAGUGUAUUCUGGGAUCUGCACUGAGAUCUUUAAGGAGGAAUCUGUGAUUCAUCAAAGGAAAGUCUAUUGCUUCAUACAUCUUAGCUUUCAGGAGUUUUUGGCUGCUUUUCAUUGGUUUCUCAGCUAUGCGAGUACUACUACAGAAGCACUAAAGGUUUUUGCUUCAUUACAUAAUUUGCUCAAAGGAGCAGUGGAUGAAGCUGUUGAGAGUGAAAAUGGACACCUGGAUCUUUUCCUGCGAUUCCUGCUGGGAAUCUCACUGGAGUCCAAUCAGAGACUCUUACAGGAUCUACUGACACACACAGAGGAAAGCUCAGAGAGCAUCAAGAGAACUAUGGCAUAUAUAAAAGACAAAAUUAAAGACAGGAGAACUGCCCCAUACAAUCUUUCAGCUGAUAGAUCCAUCAAUCUGUUCCUCUGUCUGCUGGAGAUGAAAGAUCAGACUCUGUACAGAGAGAUUCAGGAGUUUGUGAAAUCAGAGAAAGACUCAAAAAAUGAACUCACUCCUGCUCAGUGUUCUUCAGUUGCCUACAUGCUUCAGAUGUCAGAGGAGGUGCUGGAUGAAUUAGAUCUCAAGAAAUAUAAUACAACAAAUGAGGGUAAAAUAAGACUGAUACCAGCCGUGAACAACUGCAGAAAAGCUCUGCUUGUUGGCUGUAUUCUUAUACAACAGAACCUUGAAAAUUUGGCUUCAGUUCUACAAUCACCUAAGUCCCCCCUGAGAGAGCUGGAUCUGAGUAACAAUGACCUGCAGGAUUCAGGAGUGAAGCUGCUCUCUGAUGCACUGAAGAGUCCAAACUGUAAACUGAAGAUACUGAGAUUGUCCAUCUGUAAUCUCACUGGUAAGUGUUGUGAAAGUUUGGCUUCAGUUCUGCAAUCAUCAGAGUCCCUCCUGAGAGAGCUAGAUCUGAGUAACAAUGGCCUGCAAGAUACAGGAGUGAAGCUGCUCUCUGAUGCACUGAAGAGUACAAACUGUACACUGGAGAUACUGAGGAUUGCUAUGUGUAAUCUUACUGAUCAGUGCUGCAAAAGUUUGGCUUCAGUUCUACAAUCAUCAAACUCUGUCCUGAGAGAGCUGGACCUGAGUAACAAUGACCUGCAGGAUUCAGGAGUGAAGCUGCUCUCUGAUGCACUGAAGAGUACAAACUGUACAUUGGAGAUACUGGGAAUAUCAGGCUGUAUGGUGACAGAGGUCGGCUGUUGUUAUGUGGCUUCAGCACUGAGCUCAAACACUUCACACCUGAUAGAGCUGGAUCUGAGCUACAAUCACCCUGGAGAAUCAGGAGUCAAACUGCUCUCUGAGAGACUCAAUGAUCCAAACUGCAAACUGGACAAACUCAAGUUGUACCAUAAUGAACACUCCAGAAUCAAACAAGGACUACUGAAAUAUUUCUGUGAUCUCACACUGGAUCCAAACACAGCACACCCUACCCUCUUACUGUCUGAGGACAACAGAAAUGUGAUACGUAUGAUCGAAGUUCAGUCAUAUCCUGAUCAUCCAGAGAGAUUUGAGCACUAUGAGCAGGUUCUGUCUGAACAGAGUCUGACUGGACGCUGUUACUGGGAGGCUAAAUUGACUGGUGGGGGUCACAUAGCAGUGACAUAUAAAGAAAUCAGUAGAAAACAAGGCCGUGACAGUCGGUUUGGCCUCAAUGAAAAGUCUUGGAGUCUUUACUGGACUAAAAACGGUAACGUUUGCUCUGCCAGUCACAACAAUAAGAACACUUACGUUCCUCCCCCUUCACCCUCCUCUGACAGAAUUGGAGUGUAUCUGGACUGGCCGGCCGGCACUCUGUCCUUCUACAGCGUUUCUGACACACACACACUCACACACUUACACACAUUCAACACCACAUUCACUGAACCACUCUAUGCUGGGUUUAGGCCUUAUCCUGAUUCCUCAGUGACUUUGUGCUACAGCCCAAGAUGAGGAACUACUGAAAAUCAUUCACUCUAGACUCAUGCAUUUACGUAUCUAUCAGAGACAUUGUGUUUUAACGUUUACUGAUUGCCCCCAAUUUACUUAAAUUGUAAGUGCCUCACUGUAACCCAGAUUAUUUCUUUUUUAAAGGAGGCAUGAGUCAAAAUGUAUUUUUUGUGGUUAUCGACAUUACGCCACAAAUGCUGACUGAUGAGCUUAAAGCUGAACUAUGACAUUUUUACAACAUUACUGCCACCGAAUGGAAUUGCAAAAAUAUUUUCAAAACAGCUGUCUGAAUACACCCGUAAUUGGCCAAACAGAGAGAUUGUCCCGCCCCUGAUGUGUUGCAUUGGUCAAAUUCAUGUUGGUGGGUGGGGUCUAAGUGACUGCUCAAAACAAACAGGAACUAUUAUAGUGCCACAGACACAGAGAAAAUGAACCUCUUCAUGGCAUACAUAUAGUUGUCUUUGCAUAUUAAACUGAGAUAGAAGAAUAUAUUUUAACACUGAAAAAAGUUACAUACUUUAGCUAUAACUUGUUUUGAACAUAGAAUAUUCAUUUUUUAAUGAUUUAAUUGUCGAUGAUUGAAGCUGAUCUCUGGGCUGUUAUCAUUGCAACAGGUCCAAAAACUAAAGCCUGCUUGGGACACAUACAGAGUGUGUUUCAGAAAACAUUGUAUCCAUCAAAAAUUGAGACAUGGAGCUGUUGUUUCUUACAGUAAGAAAUGAAAAAUGUAACAACAUGUAUUUCAAAUUGUAUCAACCACGAUGAGUGUGAAUAUUCAAGCCAUAGCCGACCAGCCCUGGAUUAGCUAGUUUGAUCAUUUCUGAUUGUACAGUAUACUUAUACAUGUAAUUAUUUUGAUUCAUCUUGCUACAUAUAGUUUGCCAUUGUGAUAUUAUAAGUUAAUAUAAACUAUCAAUUUACGAUGUUACAGCUUCACUUUAAAUGUGAUAAUAUAUUUCCUAAUCCUAACUUUAACCAUACUGUCUAAUAGUGUCCAAUAUUAUUUCAUUCAAUUUAUGCAGCGUAUAUAAUUUUCACUUGAGUUUUAUUGUCAUUUAUGUGAAUAUGAAUCUAGUCCCUCUCACUGCCGAAUAGAAGAGAAAGAGAAAUUUUACUCGUGUACAGUCAUGGUUUGACUAGGGGAAAAAAAGAGAGAGAGAGAAAAAAAAGAUUUGUUUGCGAUUUGUAGUGUUCGCUGGGAUGUUUCAUUGCCCUGUGCAUGCAGCUAAAACCACAAAUGAGCAACGGACUGUUUUCCUAACUUCAUUUUAUUGUGUUUGUUUGUUCUCUGUUUAAUAUGAAUCGCUUGUGUUGUUGUAUCCCUCACUUGUAAAUUGGGUGUAAAUGUUAUUGAAACACAAAGGAAGCCUCAUAGCAAUGCACUAUUUUUCUGAAAGCUUUAUAUCCUAUGUAUUUUAACUAACUGAAGCUCAUUAUUGAGAUUUGUGAUGGUAGUGGUGAGACGGGGGUCUGCAAAAAAUGUGGGUUGUGAAGGGGGUGUCCUUUGUUCAAAAAAGUUUGAGAGUCCAGUAGAUCUGCUAUAUAAACUAUAUAAACUGGCUGUAUAAACAAA